CUUUCAGCCUUUCAACUUUGCGCGACGUUGCUCUCCUUCUCAGUACCACAAGCUUCGCUGCCCUCUGCAGUUAUAAGAGACAAUCGAUACAGGAGAUACGACUCAGCUUUCCGUCGAAAUUCGUCUUUGAGACCGUUCCUCGUCGAUCUACGAGCCGAUUCACGUCUUCAGCUUCAAAACCAACAGCGCCUUUGCGCGUUGGGCGAUCCAUCAUCCCACAGCUUACCCGAUCGGCUCUGCCUCGCGAAGCGCAUUGGGACUCGUGCUUCUCGACUUCAAGCACUCUUGCGUGCCUCUUACGAAGCUUUGCAAUACGCUCGUUGACCCCGCCGACGUAAUGGAUUCCGAACUCCCACAUAACGACCAAGACUUCGAGGGUGCGUCUUGGGGAGAAGAGGGAUAUGAGGAAGCAAAUGAUAUACAGCAUAGCGACCAACAAAGUCAAGAUCCUGCCUUCCCACUUGCCCAAGCUGCGAAUGGUGAUUCAGAAGAUGCUGGCGAAUAUGACCCAGAAUCGGUCACGAUAACCUCAGUUCCAGAGACCGCCGAGUCUACCCCCACCCCCAUUCCUACUCCUACCACGUCCACGUCCGCGAAGCCGAAAUCAGGCAAGCCCAAAACGCAAGGUGGCUUCCUAGUGGGAGACUCUGACGACGAGGAAGACGCGCCGACCCCGGCUUCCACCGCCGCUGUGGCUGCAGGUGUCGCGCAAGCCCCCAUUGCCCAGAACCACCCUCCCCUUCCUGUACCUACUCCAGUUGAGAGCCAAGUGGGCGUCACACCAGAGCAACCAAACAAUGGAAUUGCCGUGAGAGCGCCCAGCGCAGCAUCCAGUGCUGCGCACGCACCGCCUCCUCCGACUGUGCACCCUGUCCCGAGCAGAGACCCCAAUGACACCUUUGGCAUUCUGGAGGAUCGUGUGAAGGAGGACCCUCGGGGCGAUAUGGAGGCCUGGCUUGCGCUGAUUGCCGAACACCGCCGCUACGACCAGCUGGACGAGUUGCGGGGAGUGUAUGAACGUUUCAUAGAAGUCUUUCCCCAGGCCGCAGACAUCUGGGCAGACUGGGCACAGCUCGAGCUGAGUUCCAACCGCUUCCAGGACGCCGAAGCCCUUUUCAACCGAUCCCUGGUCAACGUACCAAACGUCAAGCUCUGGACUGUGUACCUCAACUACAUUCGGAGAAGAUAUGACCUCAAUAACGACCCCAAUGGCGAGGCUCGCCGUAUCCUGAGCAUGUCAUACGACUUCGUCAUUGGUUCCGUCGGCAUCGAUCGGGACUCGGGUCAAUUGUGGAAGGACUACAUUCAGUUCAUCAAGAGUGGCCCAGGCCAAGUUGGAGGCAGUGGAUGGCAAGACCAGCAGAAGAUGGACCAGCUGCGCAAGGCCUACCAUCGCGCCAUCACAGUCCCCAUGUCCGCGCUCACCGACUUAUGGAAGGACUAUGACCAAUUCGAGAUGAGCCUCAACAAGACAACUGGCCGCCAGUUCAUCCAGAAGCGGUCGCCGGCAUAUAUGACGGCCAAGGCGGCGAACUCCCAGCUCGAUCGCCUGAUCCCUAGACUUCAGCGGACCUCUCUUCCACGACUUCCCCCUGCUCCUGGAUUCGAUGGUGACCAAGAGUUCAUGGAACAGGUAGAGAUCUGGAAGAAAUGGAUCAAUUGGGAGAAGGACGAUCCGUUGGUGCUUCUUGACGAAGAGCCUGAAGCCUACAAAGCUCGUAUCCUGUACUGCUACAGACAAGCCUUGAUGGCUCUUCGAUUCUGGCCCGAAAUGUGGGUGGAUGCUGCGGAGUGGUGCUUCGCCAACAACAUUACCAAGGACGGCAAGGAUCUUGGUCUUUCAUUCUUGACGGACGGCAUCGAGGCCAACCCUGAAAGCGUCCUGCUGGCGCUGAAGCACGGUGAUCGCGUGGAGAUGACGUUUCCCGCCGGAGACGACGACGCGAGUAAGGCUGCCCGUGCCAAAGCAAUUCGCGAGCCUUACAGCCGGGUUCUUGACACAUUGUACGCCAUGUCCAAGAAAAUCAAGGAACGGGAGGAACGGGAGGUUCGCAAGAUCGAAGAGGCUGCUGCGCGCGAUCCCAAUGUCAAGGAUUCGAUCGAAAACAACGACGAUGAUCUUGAUGGUGACAACCGCGGACCGGCUGAUCUUGGGAAGGAGGAACGUAUCAAGGCCGUCAAGCAUGGCUUUUCGGUACAAGCGGAUAUGCUCAAGCGCACCAUCUCGUUCGUGUGGAUUGCACUUUGCCGAGCUGCGCGGAGAACACAAGGCAAAGGCAAUACGACCUCGGGCCUCAGACAGGUUUUCAUCGAAGCUCGCGGUCGGGGGCAGCUCACCAGCGAUGUUUACAUUGCUGUUGCGAAGAUGGAGGCCCUUAUCUACAACGACCCAGCUGGUGGCAAGAUCUUCGAUCGCGGUGCCAAGCUGUUCCCGGAAGACGCCAGCUUCAUGCUAGAGUAUCUCAAAUUCUUGCACUCGAAGGGCGACACGACAAAUGCUCGCGUGGUGUUCGAGACCUGCGUCAACCGCCUCACACAGAAGGACGACGCCAAGAAGAAUCAGGCCAAGCAGCUUUACUCCUACUUCCACAAAUACGAAUCUCAAUUCGGCGAGCUGUCUUCAAUUGCGGAGCUUGAGAAGCGCAUGUCGGAGCUUUGGCCGGCCGACCCGAAGCUCGCGCACUUUGCGAGCCGCUUCUCGGUUGAGACUUUCGACCCCAUUGCCUAUCGCCUCAUUAUCUCGCCGGCUGUCCAGCUGCGGCCGAAGAUGCUGAUCCCGGCCGUUGAGCAGCCAACCUCAGUGCGACAAACUCCCAUGGCGCUACCGGUUCGCCAGACGGCCAGCCCAGGGCCUCAGUACACAGGACCUCAGUACAUGGGCGUCACGAACUCGCCUAAGAGACCGUUUGCGGGUGACGACUACGAAGAGCUCAACCGCCCACGGAAGCUUGCCAGGGGAGAGUCGCCGCUGAAGGGUGCCGCUGGCCGCCGUCUCGACCAGCAGAGACGGAACCAAGGAGCGCCCCUUUCCCGAGACAUCACCUUUCUGCUGGGUAUCCUACCCCCCUCUCAUGCGUAUGCGCACUCCCCUGGUGCAUUCCGUCUGAGCGCCCCCAACCUCGUCGGUCUCAUAAGAGAGACCCCGGUGCCAGACUACAGUGCCUGGAAAAAUCAGCAGGAGCUGGGAGCUCGACAAAACAACGGUAUGCAACCCCCUUCUCAUGGCCAUCAGGCCUCUGGUGAAUAUGGUGGACAAGGAUACGAUGGACGAAACUCGCCGCAGAGGACUCUUAGUCCACUUGAUGGCAGCGGUCGGCGCUUGGUGUCGUCCGGUUACCGGAGCUCUCCUCUCCGACCUGGUUCCAGGGGCGGAAAUCAGGAAGCCGCUGCGUACCAACAGGAUGCAACUCAGCAUGGACAAGUCCCGUCAGCGGCUUCGUACAAUGGGACAACCAACUGGGCACAGCAGCCUGUUGGCUACGGCCAAGCACAGGGGCAGCAAUAUGGCAGAUAUCAGUAUUGAUCUGGGAGCUGACAAUGGAAUUUCAGGGGCCGGUUUCCGAAGGGGUUGGGCUUAGGAGUAAUGUACAACAGCUUCACUGGUUUGCUGUUGCAUGCCUCCUUUUCCCUCUCCUAGUCAUUUUUCUUCCAAGGUCUACCGAGCAGGACUCAACACGCCUUUGCUCGGACCUGCUCCUCUCCAGCGAAAUAUUCCCUGCUGCGUCACCAUCUUCCGUAUUUUGCGUCUGCAAAAGUGAGGAAAGGUGUCCCUUGGGUCUCUUCGAACGGGCAGUGGUUGUCAGUGCUCCUGUAUAAUAUAAAAGUUUGGGUGUUCCGCAUCGAUGGGGCGUUCGGGGUGGCGGAUACUUACUUUACUUGUGCUACUGUCAAGGUGGCAGCAAUGGAAUCAUUUUCGUCAACCAAAAAAAGAAACACAACAGCCACGGUGCUGCACUCGGGGGCUCGUUGACGACAUUGGAGGGGAUUGAUAGUAGGUGGGCAGACAAAGGGAGUCCCGGCACAAGAGCAAGUAUAUACUUAGGCUAGCCAGAAGCUCAGGUAAAUAAAGCUGAUGGUGUUGAAAUAGGUG